ACUUGCAGAGAACCAGUUUAACAGACUGACAACUUCCGGGAAAAGUAAAACUGUCGCAAGUCACCUUUUUCUUGUAACCACAUGCAGUGAAGAUGUUUAAAAGGUUGUUAAAUAGAAAGGAAAAUGAGAAGAUAUCCACAGAAGGCAGUGAUUCAAAGCCUCCACAAGCCUCACCCCAGAAAGUUUCCACCGAGGAGGCACAGGGUUUUGUUUGUCCUAUUUGUAUGAUCUCCCUCCAAUCAGCCGAGGGCUUACAAAGACACUUUGAAGAUGCUCAUGAUGAAAGCAAGCAGAGCCAAGGGGAGGGAUUUUUGUGCCCCAUUUGUAAGAAAUCUUUGCCCUCUCCAGAGGAGCUUCAGGCCCAUUUUGAUUCCACUCAUGAUGAGAAGGCAGUCACAUCAGAAAACAGAGAUGGGGAUGUUUUGGCCAUGAGACAAGAAAUUGAGGAUCUUAAAACCUCCCUAAAGGAGGAGAGAUGGUACACAGAGGAACUGAAAAAAGAACUGGGGAGGGUCCCAGUGGAGGGAGGGGCCAAGGCUAUUCCAUUAUCUGCUCAGGAAAGAUCAGAGCUGGAGAUGAAUCGACUGCAGCUGAGGGGGUCAGAAGAGAGUCGAACUUUGUUGAGCUCUGAGGUCCACCAUCUACAAACCAAAGUCUCGGAGUUAAACAGUAAACUGGAGAAUAUAACGCAGGAGAGGGAUAAACUACAGACCAGAUCUGGCGAAAUGGCUUCAGAACUAGUUGCUGUUAAGGCUCGGGCCGAUGAGAUCGAGAGUCAGAGAGGCGCACACGAAGAUCACAUUUUUACCUUGAAGCAACAAAUGGAACAGAAAGAAGAUCAGAUGAAAAGUUUAGAAAUACAGCUUAAUCAGAGGCCUGGCACAGAGGAUGUCCUAGUGUUAAAGCAGGAAUUGAUAUCUGUACAGAAGCUGAUGGACAACAUGACUCUGGAGCAAGAGAAAGAGAAGGAGGAAUUAAAGAAGAAAAUGACAGCUCUGGAGGAGGAGCAUAGAGGAAAACUUGAAAAAAUAGCAGAGUUGGAAACCCUGUUGAACAGUGCUCCAAAAUCAGAGGAAGUUCAGUUAUUGAAGUCAGCAGUAUCAGAAAAGUCUGAAUACACAGAAAAACUCCUGUCUGAAAUCAAAGAUAAACAGUCCACAAUAGAGAGUCUGACUGAGGAGCAGAAUAAGGUGAAGGAGGAAUUAGAGAAAUCACACAGUCUUAUAGAAGAGAGGGAUACCAGUUUAUCCAAGCUUCAGGGUGACCUUGAUGAAGUGAAUGGAGAGCUGGAGACGACCAGGCAACAGCUACAGCAGAAGGAGAACCAGUUUGAUCAGCUGCAGUCUGACCUUCAACAGGGCCAAGAACAGAACACUUCAGUGAAUCAGAUGUUAUUGGAAAAGUCCAAUCAAAUUGCUGAAUUACAGAAGGCGCUGGACAGUCGAGAUUCAGAUUUUAACAAAUCACAACAAAACUUGGAAAUUCUGCAGAAAAAAUUGGAUGAAACAUCUGCUGAGUUACAAAAGGUUCAGGAGAUUGUUCAAGAGAGAGAAAAACAGUUGAGUGACCUAGAAAAGACAUUCACAGAAAUUAAGUCCCAGACACAAGAACAACUGCAUCAGAAAGAACAACAGCUUAAUGAGGUCAAGGCAGAGUGUGAAAAGAUCCAGGCCACUUCUGAAACCAAAAAUUCCCAGCUUUCAGACUUGGAGCAGCAGCUUAACACAAUGACAACGCACUACCAGAAUGAGUGUGCAGCAUCUGAUGACUUGAAGACAAACCUUAGAGACAAAGAACAGCUGUUAGAGGAGGAGACUAGGAAACUUACAGCCAGAGACCAGAAGAUAUCAGAGUUGGAUUCGCAGCUUGGAUCACUGAGGGAAGAGAUGGGUAGACUGGAGUCAGAGAGGACCGAUCUCAUAGCCAAGAUUGAGGCUGGUGAGGGAACAGAGACUGUAAUUAAUCAAUUAAAACAAGAAAAGACAAUACUCCAAGACAAAAUAUCUCAUCUGGAGCAGACACUGAGCACACAAAAGUCAGAGAGUGGGCAGAAAAUGGAAAAUCUGCACAAACAACUGAAUGAGGUCAAAGGUCAACUGCAGACAGCUCAGGACAAAGCACAAAAACAGAAGUCAGUUUUGGAAGAAAAAUCAGAGAAAAUUCAGGCUGCACAGCAGAAAAUUCAACAGCUUGAGGGUGACUUAAAUACAAAGAGUGAACUCCUUAUAGCAGCAGAAGCAGCCCGGACAAGUCAACGGGCCGACUUAGAAAAUCACAUCAAAACGUCACAGAACAUGUUAGAGGAAAAGUCUGGGGAACUUGCCAAGGCUCAGAAACAGAUAGAACAGAUUUCACAGGAAGUUACUUCCAAGAAAGAGAAGAUUGCAGCCUUAGAGAGCUCUGUUAAGGAACAUCAAGAAAAGAUCAACGGACUGUCACAACAGACUGUAGUACUGGAACGUCAGCUCAAAGAGAAGACCUCGGCUUAUGACAAAAGUAUAUCCCAAGUCAAAGAUCUAGAAAGUCAGCUGAGCACCGAGAAGGGGAAUAACAAGGAGCUGAAAAAACAACAGGCUCAAAUGGAAAAGAACCUGAACUCUGAGAAAAAAGCACAUGAAACAGACGUGAGCAAGUUAAAAGGAGAGGUAGAGAAGCAUACGACAGAAAAGAAGGCUCUAGGAAUACAGAUAACUCAACUGAAAUCUGAUGUGGACACCAAGGAUAAAGUCAUAAAAGAGAAGUCCAGAGAACUGGAGACCCUCACAAAAGAGAGGGAUGAUGCCGCGACUAAGUUAGAAGAACAAAGGGCUAUUGUCAAGAAGAUGGAGCAGAGUCAUGCUGAAGAAGUGAAGAGGUUACAGGAGGAAGGGAGGAAGACUCAGAGGACAGCCCAGGAGAAACAAGACAGUCUACAGCAGCAGAUUGACAUAGUCAAAGAUGAGAAGUUAAAAUUAAUUGAAGAGAAGUCCGGAUUAGAGAAAAAGAUUGUGGAACAGGAAGCUGCCAUCGAAACUAAAGAAAAGGAACUCAGGGAUACACUGAACACACAUGCCAAGGAGAAGAAAACAUUAGAGAGUGAAUCCAAAAAGAAGGAGGAGGAACUGCGAUCAGAAAUAAAUGCCAUCUCAGUGGAACUCAAUGAUGUCAAGUCCCAGCUCAACAAGGAGAAGGAAUCACUUUCUUCCAAGACAGAAUCUGAAAAUACUCUCAGGGGCAAGAUUUCUGAUUUUGAGUCAAGGAAGAAAGACUUGGAAGGAACCAUUGAGAAGUUGAAGUCGGAACUGGAAGAUGAGAAAGAAAAUCUGGCUCAGCAGAAGGAAAUAAGUGAUCUGAAGACACAGGAGCUACAAAGUAUGGUACAAGAGAAAGUGACCGAGGCCGAAAAACUCCAGGAACAGACUAAGGACCUCCAAGAGAAGUUAGAGAAAUCUGUAAAGGAAGCUGAAGGACUGAAAUCAGAAAAUACAGAUCUUCAAAAAAAGAUGGAAGAUCUUCAAAGGGAGCUAACUGACUCCAAAGAAAAAACGACGGAACUCAACCAGUCUUUUGAUGAGCUGAGUGAGAUUCGAAGUGCCAUGAAUACACAGAUGGUUCAAUUAGACAAAGAACUGUCGGAAUACAAAGAAAAGGCAGAAAAAUACAAAGGAGAAAAGGAAAGUUUGGAAUCAGAAGUUGAAGAACUGGAGAAAAAAUAUGGAGAGACAAAAAUCACCAGUGAUUCCUAUGAAAAAGAUAUAGAGAACCUGACCAAGAGUCUGGAUAAAGAAAAGUCAGAAAGGAAACAGGAAGUUAAAAGUCUUGAAGAGGCUAAAGAUCUCCUUAUUAGCCAGAAACUGGAAUUGUCCAAUCAAAUUAAAGAUCUUAACCAACAACUAGAACAGGUGAAGUCUAAACAAAAAGAGGAAUUAGAGGCAUCUAGAAACACACAACAGACCUUGCGAGAAGAAAGCACCAAACUGCACACUAAACUGACUGCUGCUGAAGAAGAGCGCGAGGCCAUUCAGAGACAAGCGGAUGAAGAAAGGGCAAAGUUCGAAGUUCAGAUGUCAGUUCUAAAUGAGAACUUGACCACUAUACGAGGAGAUCUUGUGUCCACUCAGACAGCUUACGACGAGGCGAACAAACUCAACGAUCAACUCAGAGGGGAGAAACUAGAAAUGGAGGCCAAAUUAGAAAAUAACAAUGAUGAAAGAAGAAUUUUACUUGAAAGAUGUUUAACAAGUGAAGAGGAAUGUGAAAAAUUGAGACAGAAGUCAACAGAUCUGAAACGUAAACUAGACGAUACUCAGGCGGCUUUACAGGAACUGGGGAGAGAGAACCAGUCUCUACAGAUCACCACUACAAAGGUGAGCAGUAGGAAAUGGGCGGAUGACAAUGAUGUCAAAGAGUGUAUGGGGUGUAAUAAAGGAUUCUCUGUCACGGUCAGACGGCAUCAUUGCCGGAACUGCGGAAACAUUUUUUGUAAUGACUGUUCUUCACGAGAGGCCAAAAUCGUGUCGUCCAAAAAACCCGUACGAGUGUGUGACAAUUGUUUUAUUGAAAUUGGCAAAAGAUGAUAAUAAUUGUUGUUAAGAUUUAAAAUUUAGAAUUUUAUUAUUUUUGUAAAAAUUUGUGGAGGAUUUAUGAAUUAUAAUUACAUAUCCCCAAUUAUGUUAUGAUAUAUACAUAGGCAGCAUAUUGUAUGUUAAUAUCGCAUACUGUUAUUGCAUUUAAGUAUUAUUGCAUUGUAGAGCAUUGAAGGAACUGAAUAUAGUUUUAU